GUUGGGCAAAUCGUUAUCUAAAUUUAUUGCCUAAAUCCUAUGUAGUGUCAAAAGAACGAUGGAAAAAGUCGUCCCAAUUAGUGCGACACAACACACUAAAAGGUCUAUUCAAUAUGGGCCAAAAGCACUCCAAACGUCCCAAGAAGCCAACAUCUCAGCCGGAAGUGACUGAAAUUAUAGAACUGAAUGAUAAUCAAAGCGAACUAGAUGACGAUAGCGAGAUCGUUAGCGACCCUAGACAAACCGAACAGAUCGUAUAUCCACUUGCAUUAAAGCAAGUGAUGGAUUCCGUGGAGUUGAUAGAAAAGUCCAUUGAUGUCAUGACUUCUUCCCAAAUGGAUCUCUACUACGCCACUUUAAAAGACGACCUGCACAAUUACUGGCGAAGAGCGUACGAUCUGGCGGACAACGGGGACGCAGCCAUCAAAUCGAAAAAAAUUGAAGCGAUUGAACGCGUAAAAACCGCGCUGAAAAGACUGAACGGAAAAGUUUUAAUGAACGGACAUGCUGUGCAUAAUUAAAUUUAAUAAAUUUUUUUGCGUUA